AUGGUCAACGUAUAUUAUACCAGUGAAAAUAUUCAAACAAAAGUUAUAAUUCCACCAGAAACAACACUAACAGUUUUUUUUAAACUAUGUCAAAUAGAUAAUUUUGCAAACACAUUAUUAUAUACAGAUAUACCGAAAUAUUAUACAUGGGAUUGUAAUUUGAAAAGAUUUACUCGAAGAAAACAAGGAAUGCCAGUUGAUGGAUUUCCUGGUAUUCACUCAACAAAUACUCUUGGCCGAAUGUAUACAAUCCAUCCAAAUAAUUCAGAAUGUUUUUUUUUAAGAAUAUUAUUACAUAAUGUUGUUGGUCCUGAAACUUUUCCAAAUUUAAAAACUGUUGAUAAUAUCGUUUUUGAAACUUAUAGAGAAACAUGUCUAAAACCCGGAUUACUUAAAGAUGAUCAACACUGGGAUGAUGCGAUGUUUGAAGCGAACGAAACCAAAUCUCCAAGACAAUUAUUACUUUCUCUUUUCACAAUUAUCUUAACAUCAUGCAAUCCAUCGAAUCCUCAAUAUCUAUGGGAAAAGUAUAAAGAAAGCAUGAGUAAAGAUAUAUUAUAUAGAUGGCGUAUAAGUAAAGAUACCACUGAAAUAGAUUUUGAUAAUGAAAUAUUCAAUGAAUCAUUAAUCAAAAUUGACGAUGCUUGCGUCCUGGAAAAAAUUUAA